UAACAGUUCGAUUCGCGGCAGUGUUAACAUAACAGAUGAGAAUAGCAGUAUCAUGAAGCCAGAAGACGUUAAAGUCCUAAACUUCGAUCAUCUCACAUUUUGGGUUGGAAAUGCUAAGACGGCUUCAAGUUAUUUCGUGACAAGAUUUGGUUUCACGCCUUUAGCUGUUAAGGAAGCAUCAGAAGAUAAUCCUAGACUCUCUUACGCUGUUCGUUUAAACAAAAUCACAAUAGCUUUUGAAUCACCGACUAAAUCUCACGGAGAAAUUGCGAAAGAUUUAGAGGCUCAUGGAGAUUUUGUUAAAGACGUUGCCUUUGAGGUGAACGAUUUACACGAGCUGGUGAAGAGAUCGAAGAAAGAAGGUGCAGUCAUCGUGAAGGAUGUAACAGUUGAGAAGGAUGACCAUGGAACAAUAAAAUAUGCUGUUUUGAGAACGUACGGUGAUAAUACGCAUACAUUGAUAGACAGAUCAGAUUACAAUGGAGUAUUUCUUCCUGGAUAUACCGCGAUGGAAGACGAUCCCAUGAACAAGUUACUUCCGGAUACAAAUUUGACAUUCAUAGACCACGUGGAGGGUAAUAUUGGGGACGGCACCCUCUCAGACUCCGUGUCUUGGUACGAAAGGAACCUUAAUAUGCACAAAUUCUGGUGCGUCGACUACAGCCACGACUUGGUUCCGUACUCUUGUAUCAACUCUGCAUCAGUUAUAAACCAAAACGAAACCGUAUUGCUAUCGAUGAAUGAAGCAGCCAAGGGUUUGAGACCAAGCAGUAAAGUGACAGAGUUUGUGAAAUCUUUGGGCACUUCGGGAGUAGAGCACGUGGCUUUAUAUACCGACGACAUUGUCAAUACUAUUAGAAGUCUAAAGGCCCGCGGCGCUGAAAUACUGACUUGGCCUCCAAAGUACUACGAGAUGAUCAAAGACAAACUGAAGUCAAGCUCCCUAAACGUCAAAGAGACCAUAGAGGAACUAGAGCAAGAGAACAUAUUGAUAGACUUCGAUGAAAAGGGCUACAUGCUACAGGCCUUCACUAAACAUUUACAGGCCCGACCUACAGUGUUCAUCGAAAUCAUACAACGAAGAAAUCAUAAGGGAUUUGGCGCAAUGAACUAUAAAUGGGUGUUCGAGGCGAUUGAACAGCUUGGAGACACAGAUGUUGAGAAGAGUACUAAAGAAUAACAUAAUAUUACGUUGCAAUUUUGUACGCUUUGUGUAGGAAUUCGUUCCUAAUAUAUAAUUAAUCAAUCUUUGUGUUUUCUGGAAGUCGUGUGUAAACAGAAGAGCAUGUUAUAUCAUGUCUUUCUUUCUGCUUGUCUUUCUGUAUCAUACAAAUAUACUUAUCAACAUCAUACUUAGGUACCUAAAAUUAGUUUAAGUAGUUUACUUUCUAACGCUUUUUCGCACUUGUUUUUGUAAACAUUUUCUGAGUAGUAACCAAACGCUUUUAUAAGUUAACGUAAAUAAAAAAAAAAUGUGAAAACCAAAAUAAUGUAAAUAAGAAGGUAAUAGAAAUGUAAUGCGCUAA